GCAGAAUACGGAAAGCGGGAGGGACAAAUUGCCGAUGUUUGGAGUCUGGUUUCCAGGUUGGUGUUUUGGGGGCUCUGGGUGUGGCGGUUGGCGGAACUGAAAUCGGCUGCACCAUGUCGGCCUUCGAGAAGCCUCAGAUCAUCGCCCAUAUCCAGAAGGGCUUCAACUACACGGUGUUUGACUGUAAAUGGGUGCCCUGCAGCGCCAAAUUUGUGACCAUGGGCAACUUCGCACGGGGUACCGGCGUCAUUCAGCUGUACGAGAUCCAACACGGGGACCUGAAGCUGCUUCGAGAGAUUGAAAAGGCCAAACCUAUUAAAUGUGGAACAUUUGGUGCAACAUCUUUACAGCAGAGAUAUUUAGCUACUGGAGAUUUUGGUGGAAACCUUCAUAUAUGGAAUUUAGAAGCUCCAGAGAUGCCAGUAUAUUCUGUAAAGGGCCAUAAAGAAAUUAUAAAUGCCAUAGAUGGCGUAGGUGGACUAGGAAUUGGAGAAGGAGCACCUGAAAUUGUGACCGGCAGCCGAGAUGGAACUGUGAAGGUAUGGGACCCAAGGCAAAAAGAUGAUCCUGUUGCUAAUAUGGAACCUGUACAAGGAGAAAACAAGAGAGACUGUUGGACUGUGGCAUUUGGCAAUGCUUAUAAUCAAGAAGAACGUGUUGUUUGUGCUGGUUAUGACAAUGGGGAUAUCAAACUAUUUGAUCUCAGAAAUAUGGCAUUACGGUGGGAGACAAACAUCAAAAAUGGGGUGUGUAGCUUGGAGUUUGACAGAAAAGACAUAAGUAUGAAUAAGUUAGUAGCCACAUCUCUGGAAGGAAAGUUCCAUGUUUUUGACAUGAGAACACAGCAUCCAACCAAAGGUUUUGCCUCUGUUUCAGAAAAGGCUCAUAAAUCUACUGUGUGGCAGGUCCGACACCUGCCGCAGAACAGGGAGCUCUUUCUGACAGCUGGAGGUGCCGGCGGCCUUCACCUCUGGAAGUAUGAAUACCCUAUUCAGCGGUCAAAGAAAGAUUCUGAGGGAAUAGAGAUGGGAGUCGCAGGUUCUGUAAGCCUUCUGCAGAAUGUUACGUUGUCCACCCAGCCCGUUUCAAGUUUGGAUUGGAGUCCAGAUAAAAGGGGUCUUUGCGUCUGUAGUUCAUUUGACCAAACGGUGAGAGUACUAAUUGUUACGAAACUCCAUAAAAUUUGACUUCAAGACUUUGGACUCAUAGAAUUUAAGAUAGGUUCUGGAAUCUUCUGACCCUCAUUGAACAAAGCUGGAUUUGGCUGAUGACAAAAGACCCCAGACACAAGCCCCUGGGCCAGCCUCCAGCCUCUCGGGGCGUGUUUGCUGACUUGCUUGCUGCUGCAUGUGGGUAUCAGAAGCACCGAGUAAACUGUCUCCAGGGCCAGUUCUUUUCUUCUGUCUUCCAUUUCUAAGUCAAUAGUUGUCUAUAAUUAAACAUAUUUCAGUUUUGUUUUAUGUCCCUGAAGUUCUAUAUUUUAUCUUUAUGCUUGUGUUAUGUUUUAGUGUCUAUAAUGUUGUGGUGGGAAUCAUUUCAUUUGGUUUAAAAGAGUUUGCCUUGGAAAAACUGAAUUAACCUUCAGAAAUACAUUUUGAGAGAUUUCAGUGUCAGUAAGUUUGUGGACAUAAUAUUAUUGUAUAAAAUAUCAAAAUGGUGGGCCAGACAUGGUAGCUCACGCCUGUAAUUCCAGCACUUUGGGAGGCUGAGGCGGGCGAAUCACGAGGUCAGUAAUUCGAGACCAGCCUGGCCAACAUGAUGAAACCCCAUCUCUACUAAAAAUACAAAAAAUUAGCUGGGCGUAGUGGCGGGCA